AUCUUGAUUGGGUGCCAUAAUGGAAUAUAUACUUCUCAUAUCUAACAUUAUUUCUAAAUUGUCUUGAUUUUCGUUUCAAAUAUUUAGCUCUUCAAAAAAUAUUAAAGUCUGUGCUUUAUGAAUCUGAAAAGGUUUUUACCAAAUUCUCAAAAGUGCAAGCAAAAUUUUGUGAUUAAAAGAGACGAAUAGGAGCAGAGGGAGAUAAACUGUUGAAAGCUUUGUGUUGUCUAUUGAGUAAGCAGAGAUCCAUGAAAAUGUCAAAGUGUUCCCGCUUGCAACAGGAGAUUCAGCUCUUGCGAAAUGAGUUGGAAAUGAUACGGGCGGAGCGGGAUGAGCUCUCCCGGCAGCAUGGAUCCCACUUUCAGCUGUGCACCGGAUGUGAGGUUUCUGCGAAGAAACCUGCUCACAAUGUGAGUGGCAGCAAAACUCCCAAUCAAGAAUUAUAUAUUGCUUAUUUGGAGGAUCAGAUUCAGAGGACACGUUUUAUGUACAAGAAGCAAAUGGGUGAAGUAAAAUGCAGUGCCGGUCUAUUGGAGACGAAACUGCAGAAUGUUCGAAUGGAAAUGAGCUACAUCAGCGAAAAGGCCCAGAAGGUGGACCAGCUGCAAAAGAGCAUUAGGGAGCUGAAAUCGAAGUUAACUCGUAGAGAUUCGAUUAUAACUCGCUAUAAUGAGCAGCAUGCUGCCUUUUUGGAUUUGAUAAACGCUUUGGAUAGUGGAUCAAAUAGCCAGAAGGACGUCAAAAGGCAAUUUCAAAAUUAUUUUGAUUUUAAGAAUAGUGGCGGCUGUGCAGCAAAUGGAAACAAUUCGGUAAUUCGAUUAAGAUGCAAACCUAGCGAAUCAUUGAAUUUUCCAUGCUUAGGCACAGCACUUAGAAGAAAGUUGGCACGUAAUUAGCUUUAUAUGUCUUGUGUGUUACACUUGAUGACGCUAUCAUUAACGGCCAUUUGAAUCUAUGUAUUUAUAUUGUGUAUUUUG